GUUACCAAUUCUCAUCUUUACUUCAUCACCACUUCAUUGCUAAAAAACACUUCACUCAAAACUUCAUCAUCAACUUGCUCCUCUUCAUAUUCCUUUGCAUUUGUCAUCAAUAGUUCUUAGUUAGCUCGCACAAACUUCAACAACAAUGAAGAAAGUAGUGUUGAAAGUGGACUUUUAUAAUGAUAGAAUCAAGCAAAAAGUUAUGAAGACAGCAUCUAGCCUUUCAGGGGUUGAAUCAGUAUCAAUAGACUGGAAAGAGAAGAAAUUGACAAUAUCAGGGGAUAUUGAUCCGAUAAAAGGAGUGUGCAAGCUAAGAAAGUUGUGUCAAACUGAAAUAGUUUCAAUUGGACCUCUAAAAGAAGAGAAGAAAGGGUCAACAAAUACAAAUGAAGUUAUUCCACUUCAAUACUUUGAAACCUAUCCAUUUUAUUAUCAGAUGACCCCAUCACAAUAUUUUCAAGAUUACUAUUAUGGGUCUGUUUGGUAACACCCAAAAAAGAGUUUUUAGCUCUUAACUUAUAGUUUAUAAGUUCGUUUGACAAAAAAAGCUCUGUUUGGUAACACUUUUCACCAUGAGUUUAUAGCUUAUUUCACGAGCUUAUAAGCUAUUUUUCAGAAGCUAUUUCAAGUAGCGUUUGAGCUUAUAGCUUCUCACUUUUUCUUCCAAUUUUACCCUUAUUAUUUCAUUUAAAUUCCAUUUUUAUCCAUUACAAUUUUUAUAAUAAACUAUGUAAUAAAGACUACCAUCCCCUUAUUCCUUGAAUUUUAUUUUUACUUUCUCAUGAUCUAGAAUUAGAUUUUGUUUUUCCUUCCUUCCAAAGCAUGCAAAGACAUCGCAAGAAAUUGAUUUCUUAUCACAAGAAACAUCAGAAAUAUAUUAAUAAGAUUAAAUAUAUGUACUGCUUGAAACAUGUAAGACAAGUAGUGAUUCAAUUUGUUACUAAUGACCGACUUGGUCACUA